AUGGCACUACCAGGCAUGACAGCUGCCCAGGCCCCAGAGGUGACCUAUGAGGCAGACAAGGGUUCCAUAUGGACACUGCUGCUCACCAAUUUGGAUGGACACCUGCUGGAGCCGGAUGCUGAAUACAUCCACUGGCUGGUAACCAACAUCCCAGGCAACAGAGUGGCUGAAGGACAGGAGACGUGUCCCUACCUGCCCCCCUUCCCUGCCCGAGGCUCCGGCUUCCACCGUUUUGCUUUCCUGCUCUUCAAGCAGGACAAGCUAAUUGACUUCUCUGGGGACACCCGGCCCUCACCCUGCUAUCAGCUUGCCCAAAGGACCUUCCACACUUUUGAUUUCUACAAGAAACACCAGGAAGCCAUGACACCAGCUGGCCUGGCCUUUUUCCAGUGCCGCUGGGAUGAUUCUGUCACCCACAUCUUCCACCGGCUUCUGGACAUGCGGGAGCCUGUGUUUGAGUUUGUGCGGCCACCCCCUUACCACCCCAAGCAGAAGCGCUUCCCCCACCGGCAGCCCCUGCGCUACCUGGACCGGUACAGGGACAGUCACGAACCCACCUACGGUAUCUACUAAGUGACCAGAGUGCCACCCACGCCAGAAAGUGGACUCAGCCUCUCAGGCUCCACCAGCAGGAACAAUAAAGACACAGUUCCACAGGGCCAGCUUCUGGGUCCUGCUUGAGGGAGCUCUU